AUGGAGUUUUGGAGAGUUGAAGUUAAGGUUGGGAAAUUCUUAAGUCGCCGGCCACCGCCUCCGCCGCGAACCACCACCACCGCGACGCACAGCGGCAGAGGAUCUCUGGAGGCGGUGGAGGAUUUCGAAUGCGCCCAUGGCGGCUGCGCGCUGACGCACUCUUCCUACGCUGCUCUCGACGGGAUCCUCUACUGCAAGCACCACUUCCAGCAGCUUUUCAUGGAGAAAGGCAACUACCAGCAUGUUAUCGAGGCUGCGAGGAAAAGCACCGUCGAGAACGACGCCAACGUCGCUGCCGCCGCCGCCGCCGCCGAGGAAGGGGAGGCGGCGGGUGAAGAGGAUGGGGAGGCCAAGGCGGAUCCGGAUGAGCCGGAGUCUGAGGCCAAGGCGGAAGACUAGUCCUAGAGAGAGAAACAGAGAGAGAGAUAGAGGUGAUCUCUCUCUUCUAUUAAUUAAUUUUUGGUUAAGUAAUUAUACAGCAAGAUUUUGAUUUUCCGAGUUGCUUGGCAUUGGUUUUCGACAUUUUGGUUUAGGUUUUCAAGCUAUAAUUAUGUUGUUUGUUUUGUUGUAAUUCGAAUUAACACACAUUUUGUGUGGGGAUUUUUCCAAGUUUUUGCAGGAAUAUAAAUUGUGUAUGCCUUAUUCAUAAGGAAUUAUAGUACUCUUUGUAUAACUUU